AUGCAACAUAUAUGUGCAACCUGCCACCCAAGCACCCCAGCACGAUGUUACUCAACCCGGCGUCCCGGCUUUUUCGCUCAGUUCUUCAAAAACGUCCAACUAGAGAUCGGAAAGAGCAAAGAGGUGAAAGAGAAUGUGCAAAAGUUUCGCGAAGAAGCGCAAAAGCUCGAACAAUCGGAAGCCCUGCAGGCAGCAAGGCAAAAGUUCAACACGGUCGAAUCACAGGCAAGCAAAGGCGGCCAAGUGCUGAAACAGAAUGUUGCUAAAAUACAAAACCGCAUGGCAAAGGCGUUAAAGGACGCGUCCGACACGGAGCUGGGCAAGCGGCUAAGCGAAACGAUAACACAGAAGGGUCAAGCGAUCGGUCAGUCUGGAGCGCUGCGAGGCUUCAGUGCAACGGCAAGAGCCGUACAGCAGGAGCUGGACAGCCAGAGCGUCGAUACGCGAGUAUAUCGCAGUCCGGCUAAGCUACAAAAGCGCUUAGAACUAGCAAACGGUACCGAUGACACCUCAUGCACGACGGUGCAACCGAACGCAGCCGCAACGGCCGUGGAGCUGCACAAGGACAGCAAAUUCUACCAGUCGUGGGAAAGCUUCAAAACCAACAACCAGCACUGGAACCGGCUGCUCGCGCUGAAGAUACAGUACGACGAGUCGGAAAACGUGGCGAUUCGCACGUCCCGCGCACUGACCGAUAAGGUGAGUCAGGUGAUGGGCAACCUUUUCUCCAAAACCGAACUGUCGGCAGCGCUGACCGAGGUGUGCCGGAUCGAUCCGAGCUUCGAAGCGAAACAGUUUCUGCAGUUUUGCGAGCGCCAUAUCAUACCGAACGUGCUGGAGUCGAUAUUGCGCGGCGAACUAGAUGUCCUGCGAGAUUGGUGUUUUGAAAGUGCGUACAGCGUGAUCGCGACACCGAUCGUGCAGACACUGGAGGCGGGCUGUAGGUUUGAGUCGAAGCUACUGGACAUCGAAAACGUAGAGCUUGCUAUGGGACAGGUGAUGGAGCAGGGCCCGGUACUGAUCGUGACGUUUCAGGCGCAGCAGAUCGUGUGCGUGCGGGACGGUACGGGGGCGGCGGUGAUCGAGGGCGAUCCGGAGAAGGUUUUUCGCUGUCACCAUGCGUGGGUGCUGUGUCGCGAUCCGAGUGAGUUGAACCCGCAAGCGGCCUGGCGCAUCCUGCAGCUGUCGAUGAAUUGUAGGGAACAGUUUGUGUGAGGAUUGUACAAGUUUUGCACCACUUU